AACCCUGACAGCAAAACACGAAGUUUGACAGCGGAACCAUUCCACGUCACGAACCAACGAGAAAGCGGCCGCCUGCUACGACUGCUCUUUAGUUGCACCGAAAUACUCGCAAAAGAAAUAACCAACGCCAAAAUGUUCAAGCACCUGCUGGCUCUGUGCGCCCUGUGCGCGGUAUUUAGCACCUGCCUGUCGGAGGACGAGACCCGCGCCCGCCUCCUGGUCUCCAAGCAGAUCCUGAACAAGUACCUGGUGGAGAAGAGCGACCUGUUGGUGCGCUACACCAUCUUCAAUGUGGGCAGCGGAGCCGCCACCAAGGUGCGAUUGGUGGACUCCGGCUUCCAUCCGGAGGCCUUCGACGUGGUCGGUGGACAGCCCACCGCCGUCGUCGACAGGAUCGCUCCCCAGACCAACUUCACCCACGUCUUGGUCGUGAGGCCCAAGGCAUUCGGCUACUUCAACUUCACCGCCGCCGAGGUGUCCUACAAGGCGGUCGAGGAGUCCGAGACGCUCCAACUGGCGGUCAGCUCGGAGCCCGGUGAGGGCGGCAUUGUCAACCUGAACGAGUACAACAAGCGUUUCUCCUCGCACUUCUUCGACUGGGUGGCCUUCGCCGUGAUGACCCUGCCCUCGCUGGCCAUUCCCCUGGGUCUGUGGCACCAGUCCAAGAGCAAGUACGAGCGCUCCGGCAAGAACAAGAAGCACUAAGCUGCGCGACGGACGGUCAACUCACCUCAAGAGAUUUUUUGUUUACGAACACCCAUUACAAAAUUCCGUAUAACUUUGUUGCUUUAGUUUCAAAUUGAUUCCAUGCGUUGUUCAUCUAUUCAACCCAAACACAUCUAAUUUACUCCAGUCUGGGACUGUCGUCUGGAGACGGGCGUUAAAUCGUUUUAGAUUUGAUUCGAGGACGCAUCGAGUAAAGAGAUAAUUAAACAAGUCCAUCGAGAGUUAAGCUUAGAGUGCUUUUCUAAAUAAAUUAAAAGAAAUGUAA